CAAAAACUGUGUGAGACAAGUCUUAUCAGGGUCCAGGAUGGGUGCUGCUCAGAUUCCCUCACAGCCUACAGUCCCUCUGGAGGAGGACAGGGAGUCCGGCAUCGGAUCCACCCUUGACCUCACCGGCAGCUUGGAGGGCCACAGCAAACACACCCACCGCCACUCCACCCCAAAACAGGCAGGCGAAGCCCCCAGAGAAGCAGGAAGCUCUCCUCACACCUCAGCGGUGGGUCUAGAAAGGCUCAAGCAGCUCCUCAUCGGUCUAUCAAAGAUCCCUCUUCUUUUCAUCCUCCUCUUCUUCUUCAUUUGCUCUUUGGACACUCUGAGCUCUGCCUUCCAGUUAGCGGGGGGGAAAGUGGCAGGGGACAUCUUCCAGGACAACGCUGUGCUGUCCAACCCCGUGGCGGGCCUUGUGGUAGGGAUCUUAGUGACCGUGCUGGUCCAGAGCUCUUCAACCUCCACCUCCAUUAUUGUCAGUCUGGUGGCCUCGGGAUUGCUGGAAGUAAAGUCAGCUGUUCCAGUAAUCAUGGGUACCAAUAUCGGGACUUCUGUCACAAACACCAUAGUGGCCAUGAUGCAGGCAGCAGAGAGAAAUGACUUUCAACGGGCCUUUGCUGGAGCAACGAUCCACGACUGCUUCAAUUGGUUGUCRGUGCUGGUUCUGCUGCCCCUGGAGGUGCUGAGCGGGAUAAUGACCCGGCUGUCCCUCCUGCUGGUCUCCAUAUUAAGCCUGCAACCCGGGGAGGAAGCACCCGAGCUGCUGAAGGUCAUCACUGAGCCACUCACACAGCUCAUCAUACAGCUUGACAAGUGUGUGAUCACAGAGCUCGCUAUGGGAAACGAGGCGAUGAGGAACAGGAGCCUGGUGAAAGAAUGGUGCCAGGCUGACGGGGUUUUGUCUUUUGGCAACAAGAGCGGUGAAACAAACUGUGGCCUCAGUCAUAACCUGUCUGAGACGACAUGGGUCAAGUGUAGACAUUUGUUUGCAUCUGCAGAGCUGUCAGAUCUCACCGUGGGUCUGAUUCUCCUGGCAGCAUCACUGAUKGUCCUCUGCACGUGUCUGCUGCUCCUGGUUAAACUCCUCAACUCUCUUCUCCAAGGCCAUAUGGCAAAGAUCAUCCACAAAGUCAUCAACACAGAUUUACCAUAUCCGUUUGGUUGGCUGGCUGGAUACGUUGCCAUGUUUGUGGGUGCCGGGAUAACAUUUGUGGUCCAGAGUAGUUCUGUCUUCACCUCAGCCAUGACUCCUCUGGUCGGAAUUGGUGUCAUCAGUCUGGAGCGGGCCUAUCCUCUCACUCUUGGCUCCAACAUCGGCACCACAGCCACAGCCCUGCUGGCAGCUCUGGCCAGUCCUGGGAACAAACUCGCAGCUUCUGUACAAAUUGCUCUGUGUCACCUCGUCUUCAACGUCUUCGGUAUCCUGCUGUGGUAUCCUCUUCCGUUUAUGCGUCUGCCGAUCAGGAUGGCCRACGUCCUGGGUGAGCGCACGGCCAAAUACCGCUGGUUUGCUGUGUUGUACCUCCUGCUGUGUUUCCUGCUCCUUCCAUCGCUGGUGCUGGGCCUCUCUCUGGCGGGCUGGCGGGUGAUGGCCGGCGUCGGUGGCCCCUUUGUGGGCGUCACRGUCUUCAUCGUUGCGGUGAACGUGAUGCAGGCUCGUAGCCCCCGUCACCUGCCCACCAAGCUGCGAACCUGGGACUUCCUGCCCAAGUGGAUGCACUCUCUCAAACCGCUCGACCGCCUGAUCACCAAGGCGACCGUCUGCUGCAGCUUCACUUGUGACGAGGUUCGGGAGGAAGGCGAGGGAGAAGAGGAGCCCAUCUCCACACGGACAUCCGUCCACAUGCGCGAUGAGUCGGCUGGUUGUGAGAAGAAGGAACAGCUGGCUUAUAGCAACCCGGUCCUGGACUGCCUGGAUGAGAUCAAACCAGGCGUGCAAGUUUUUAGACUGAAAGGGUUGGAGAGGUGCAACAGCACUCCACUGUAGCUGGACCGAAUUUUCUUGUUGUAUUCACGCCAUCUAAACUUUUGAAGGGCUUGUAAGUUCAACACAGUAUAACAAAAACCUCAUUUUGUAAUAACAACGCAUUAAUAAUGUAUUAAAAUCAGGCUUCAAAAU